UUUUCCGUAUCAUUUUUCAGGUCACGUGAUCAGUCAAUUGCAGAAGUUUCAACAUGGCGUCCUUGUCAAACUUGUCCAGAGUUGCUCUAAAGUUUCAGCCAAAAAACGUUGCUGUAAGAUGCCUGUCAGCAUCAAGGGCGUGGAAUGCAGCAGCCAGCACACAGACAACUAAAUCAAAGAAGACUCUUGCUCGACCAGAUGUGCGCAAUGUUGUCCUUGUUGAAGGAGUAAGAACUCCAUUCUUACAGUCUGGCACAGAAUACAAGGAUCUCAUGCCUCAUAAUCUCGCAACUAAGUCAUUAGUUGGUUUGAUGAAGAAGACUGGAGUUGAAAAAGAGAUCAUUGACUAUGUGGUGUAUGGAACUGUCAUUCAAGAGGUGAAGACAAGUAAUAUUGCCAGAGAGGCAAUGUUGUCUGCUGGCUUUUCUGACAAGACACCUGCACACACUGUAACCCAGGCCUGCAUAUCCUCAAACCAAGCUAUAACUACAGGAGUUGGUUUGAUUGCUGCAGGUCAGUGUGAUGCUGUCAUUGCCGGUGGUGUUGAGUUUAUGUCUGACGUUCCAAUUAGACAUAGCAGAAAAAUGAGAAAAAUCAUGCUUGACUUUAACAAGGCAAAAACACCAGCCAAAAAAUGGAAUCUUGUCAAGAAAAUGAUGAAUGGUGCAGUGUGGAUGCCAGAGCUACCAGCAGUUGCUGAGUUUUCCUCGGGAGAGACAAUGGGUCAUUCAGCAGACAGACUGUGUACAGCAUUUGGUGUGACUAGACAGGCACAGGAUGAAUUUGCUGUGAGGUCUCACACACUGGCCCAGGAAGCAACAGAGAAAGGCUAUCUUACUGAUAUUCUGCCAUAUAAAGUUCCAAAUGUAGCAAACUACGUAACAAAGGACAAUGGGAUUCGACCAUCCUCUAUAGAACAAAUGGCUAAAUUGAAGCCUGCUUUUAUUAAACCAUAUGGAACUAUUACUGCAGCAAAUGCCUCAUUUCUUACUGAUGGUGCCUCAGCAUGUUUGAUCAUGUCAGAGGAAAAGGCCUUGGCUUUAGGUCUUAAACCAAAAGCUUAUCUGCGAGACUUUGUCUAUGUCUCACAAGAUCCAAAGGACCAGCUUCUCCUGGGACCUGCAUAUGCUACCCCAAAAGUUUUAGAGAAAUCUGGAUUGAAGAUGUCUGACAUUGAUGUGUUUGAGUAUCAUGAAGCUUUUGCUGGUCAGAUCCUGGCCAACUUGACUGCUCUAGAUUCUGAUAUCUUUGCUAAGAAUUUUCUGGGAAAAUCAACUAAGGUAGGAACACCAAAUGUCCAUUUAGCGAAGCGCGACAGUACGAUAGCGACAACAAGACAGUACGUUGGCAAGGUGCGACAGUACGAUGGAGACAGUCGCUACAAUGGAGACAGUCGCGCUUCGCCAUCGUAUACUGUCUCGCUUCACCAUCGUAAUGUCACCGUCGCAUUGUCGCACUUCGCCAUCUGUCCAGUGCUUCCUGCAUGCGGCUCCACGGAAGAAGCCCGAGGAGUUGCUAAAUCGAUGUUCUGUGCACAAACCGACUUCGAGAAGUGCUCAACAUGUCUGUCAUGA